AAUAAUUUCUUUCAUAUUUAUCUAUCUUAAUAUAUUUUUUCAAAUAGUUAUAUUUUUAUCGGUUUAAUUUAUUUAUUUAUUUGCAGCCCAAUAUCACCUGUUUCGUGUAUUACAUUAAACAAAGUGGUUGUUCCGAUAAGGCAGUCACAGCAUUUCCCCACUUGUACAGGGUACCGGAGGAUAACCGAUUCCCGGAGAAGCCAGAAUCAAUGGAGACUCAAGUGUUUAGCAGGAAAUACCCUGGAAACGGGAAAUAUUACACAGGACUUAGGGUGACUCUCAUGGGCCCAGUCACAGGAAGCUUUGAUGUUGUGAAAGGAUUCGAACUUAUCUUCACAUAUAAUAGAGUUGAGAAAUAUGGCUGUUUGAUAUUUGACUUAUCUGCACAGAAUUUGACAUACAAUGAUGUGGUUCAGACUGGUUUUUGGACUGAGAUCUGGCCCAUGGCCCAUGCAGAUCCUCCCAUUGUUUUUCUGGUCAGUAGGAGUCUCCCUCCUGCACCUGCGCAGUUCGACCGAUACCUCAACGUAACCGAAAACGUCCAGAACGGGGAGUAUGGUGUCUGUGUACCGAAUGGUGGAUGUGGUAGCGAUGUAAUACCACCAAGUCAGUGGGUAACCACAAUAUUUUAUAAGACCACCACAAACAGUUCUGGACCUUUCAAUAACCUUGAGAUGAGUUUUGCUUUGGGACCCGCGGAGUACAAAUUUAAUGAGUACACUGUCAGCCUAGAAAACGUUAAUGAUUCCAAACCAAUCAUAAUUCGCAACAUGCCAAAGGAAAAGCCGCACCACGUGUUUACAAGACUUUCGCCUGGACAAUAUGUGAUAAAGAUUAAACCAUAUGAUGAACAUUCUAACGAUAGGAAUCGAUGUCUAUGUAGAAAUGAAUUCCAAGCAUGUUUAGCCUGCAAAACGACAGUUACCAAUGAAAUAACAGUGGGAUAUACCCAGAGUAAGUAAUUUUGGUUUUACUAUCCCAUGGCAUUUAUUUUCAA